ACAUUGAAUUUUCGCCAAACAUGCCGGCGCUUAGUCUGGUCGGUUACUUGGAGGUGGGACACCUUGUAUAGUAAAUUUAACUCACGCGACUCAGCUCAGCUCAGUUAUUUAGACAUACCUAUAAGAAAGCCUAUGAUCAGCGUGCAUCCUCAAGCAUAUUCCCUACAUAUUAUCAACUACUUCAGUGAUGAUAUCUUUAGUGGAAAUCAUUGUUCUGUGUUGGCUACAGUUUGAUGUAAGCCGACGAAUAACACCUCUGAAAAAUAAUUUGUUCGUGAAAUAAUAGUGUCCAUACCCUGUGCCCUGCUCUAUCUUAAUAUCUCCACGGUGUGGUGUGAAUCAUGGUGUGAGUAUACAUGUUGUGCUCUUCGCGGUGAAAAACGCUGUCAGUGUGUCCCAUCUGUGCUGAAAAAAAUAAAUAACAAAAAAUUAUGUCGUUGGAUCAGACGGUGUGCGAAGACCUGAAGGCAUUCGAAAGACGUCUUACAGAAGUUAUUGCUAGUCUACAGCCCUCAACACUCCGUUGGAGAACAUUGCUAGGCGUCAUAUCCGUAUGCACAGCAGUCGGCGCCUGGCAUUGGCUCACAGAUCCUAAUACGUCAGCAGUUUCCUUCACACAGAGUCUUUGCAAUCAUCCAUUUUUUACCGUGGCUAGCAUUGUACUAGUCAUAUUGUUCAUGAUGGGUGUACACAGACGUGUGAUCGCACCAAGCAUCAUAACGCAGCGAGCUAGGAGUGUAUUGGGCGAUUUCAACAUGAGCUGUGAUGACACAGGAAAACUUAUUUUGAAACCUACACGACCACCUCAUCCACAUGAAAGUUAAUAUAUAUGAUGCUUAGGAUCAUACCGUAAUAUAUGAGUGGAAUACGAAUGAAUCAUAUAUUUGCCCCAAUUUUGAAGGGGUGUAUUAUUGAAAAGUCAUAACCAAUUCGUUCACAGCAAUAUAAGACCCCUGUUCUACCACAAAAUCAGUUCCUCAUGCUACUUGAGCCAAGUUCGUACUCGUGAACCAAAAUUACAUUGUGUGGUACUGUAUGUAUUAUUCAUCUCUUGUGAUGAUUAUCUGCCAGUGAGUUGAAUAAUAAUUUUGCAGAUGACUUGUUCAGUAAGAAAAUGUACAAUGGGUAAUCUGUUAUUACCUUGUUACAAUUUAUUUACAUAAUUGUCAAAACAUUGCUACAGACGAUUUUAAUAUCAAGUAUCUUUAAGUAUUAUGGAAUUAUAAAAUAUUGAAACUUUCCCAUGGCCUUCUGCGCGUGUAUUGAAAUCGUGAAUAAAUAAUGAUUAAACGGGUAAAUUUAUUUUAAUUGAGCUCUAAUGAACAUGUAGGGCCUUCUUCUUGGCAGUGGACGAGGUGUGGACGCUCUAUCAUGUCACGGAUGAAUUAUUCAUCGGGCUUGGACCAAACCGUAGCCACAUAAUAAUGAUUUCCACUCAGGAUAUUAUAGAAUAUUUUAUAUUAUCACUGAAGUGGUUGGUAAUUUGCGACGUUCGCAACAUCAACGCGGUAGUUAAUUUUGGUCACCAGUCCUCCAUGAGCCAGGUGACUAACAAGCCUGAAGUUUUAUAUUUUUAAUAAAUUAACUUCCUGUUUGUUAUAAGUAAAUUCAACAUUUAUGACUCAGUUAUUCAGUCAGCCUGCAUCCUCGAGCAUCUUCUCUACAAAUUCAGUAUUUGUGGCGAUCUCUGCCGAUGAAUGAACAGUUUUACCCAAGCCCCUCUUAACAAUUUAUGAAUUACUUUGAUAUUGAGUACGUUUACACGGCGUCCUUAUUCCGGUUAAACUGUGGCUGGCAUAGUAAUACCGAAUUUAAAAAUGUGUGACAUUUAAAAAUGGCGCAUUACACUGGAUAUAACGGAUUUACACGCAUUUUUAAAUGCGGCAUUACUAUGUCAGCCAUAGUAAAACCGGAAUAACAGCACCGUGUAAACGUACUCAUUGUCAUUCUCAAAUGCUGAUAUAACAAUAACGCUACGGGUUAUACGUACAAAUUUUUUUAUUCGUAUUAUUCAAUCCGUGAAUAAUUUUCUCUCAAAAGAAGGCCAGAAGGUGCCACUUGAAAUCAAGAAUGCAACAAAAUAAAAUUUUAUGUUGUAUACUUUGUGUCCCAUUGUUGUGGUAUCGCUUUGGUCCAAACCUUUCGUAUAUCGUUUGAAGAGGAAUAGUAAGUGUGACGUCCCAUAUGCACAGAGAACACGGAUCACGGAAACACAAAACGGUAAAUUUCCCUUGAGAAUGGUAACUUUUCCGCGAUAUCCGCAUUUUUAUCUUCUGCUUAUCAAUUCCGUUCCGUAGCUCGUUUUCCUACCUGUUCCAUGUAGCUCAAAUAAUGGAUCGGACCGUGUAAAUAUACUUUUAAUUUCCUUUCACUUUCGGAAAUGUACUUUUAUUUGCAUCAUAUCUUAAGUACAAAUGCACGAUUAAUUGAAAUACAUACAAAUCAAACCAAAAUCCAUUUUAGAAUUUUAAGGAAAAGCAAAUGGACAUCAAUUUCCCGUUAUUCCGGUCCGUGGAUAUGCUACAUAAGGCAGCUAGGAAAACGCGAACUGGGACGGAACGACACUCACCCCUGUCUUCAACAGCACAAGCUUAUGUAGUAUGUACCGAAUACAUAGGUAGAAUGCAUAACCUUUGUUGAAACGUAUUAUAAUUUUUAAAGCGUCUUGUGUCAGCCUAGUGACCACUCAGGAAACUAACGUAGUACCAUAUGCACAUGUCCGACCGUGUGAGGAGACAAACAUUUUAAACUUUGUACGAAACUACCGAAAUACUAUAUUUAAGAUCUGUUAAAGUGAACAGUGUAAAAUUGUAGGCGUAUAAAAUAAAUAUAUGUUAUGAGCCCGUGUGCGUUUUGCCGAAAAAGGCCAAAGAAGUGAACAGAUCUAUCGUUUCACAAAUAAUAGCGGCAAUAGAGUUGAUGAUAGAGUUGUCACAAAAAAAAAUUAUGCUUACUUUCUCGGUCACUCAGGUUUCCCAAAUGUCAACAACAAUCGGCACUGCAGGUUGAAAUUAUGAACUUACACAACUGGUUACCUGAAACAUGCAGUUUAUUGUGAUCCAAUGAUUUCACUAACGUUUGCUUUAAUAAACGAGGUUUUCGGAAUCGCCUACUUAAAGGAAGUGUAAUAACUCUGUUAGAUGCCGAUGAAUCAAGCUAUCAAAAUUAAAGUACAUUUUUAUUCAUAUUUUUAUUACAUCUAUGCUGCCGAAAUUGUUGACUGAAACGCAUAAAUACAUAUUGAAAUUCACCGAUGUUCGAGCAUGCGCAUACAGUACUACGUUAGUUUUCUGGGUGGUAAAUAGGCUGAUUCGGAGCGCUGGAAAAAAUUUACAGCAAACUUGAGACAAAUGCUCCGCAGGAAAUUUAAAUGGGUGCACGUUUUGGGACUUAGCUUAUUGAUAAAUUGAAUAUAAUGUAUGCCAUGAACAUGUCUAUUUUAUCUGCAUUUCGUCCUUUGUGGAAUGUUUCUACUCUAAAAUUGAAAACAGACGUUUUUGAGAAACAGUGUAUAUCUCGGGUCUGAAAAAUAGAUAAUUCAUAAGAAUUCUGAAUCAAAGAAUGUAAAUUGGUCAAAUUAUAUACAACAAAGCACAUGUUAUUUUGUGCUAAUUAUAUUGAUUUCACUUUAUUUCAUUAAUACCAUCGCGACUUGAUUAAUUGCAGCAUUGAAACGAGCAGAAAUAUUUAAACGAAGAAUUCAUCGUCAAAAAAUAUUUCGAUUGUAAGUAAAAUUGACUCUGUAGUAACAUGUAAAAAAUUUAAUUCUUGCAAAAUCACAAAUGUAAAUAUCUUGAAUUAAUAAUAUAUAAAUCUAUAAUUAAAAAAUUCCAUUAUUAAAAAGAAAUUAUGAUCAAUGCAACUUCUAAAAAAAAGAGCAUUCGUAAAUUCGAAAAGCUGUUACGUAUACCUUCUGUUACGGGCAUAACCAGCUCGAGGACGAUUUUAGUCGUUGCUUACGUCCAUAUAGAGACGCCUUGUUUUAAUUAUUACUUAAUGGUCAGAAAACUAGUUUUGUUUAUAUAAAGGUCCCUUGAGGAGAGCAUCCACC